AUGGCAUCUAAUUCUCCAUCUUCUCUCUCUCCUCCGGAGGUGCCGACGGAGCUUCACGUACUCAAUCGAGAGAAACUCAUCAAAUCUCUACGUCAACACCUCUCUCUAUCCUCUCUGCCUCUCCAGGGCUUCGUCUUUCUUCAGGGUGGCGAUGAGCAAACUCGGUAUUGCACGGAUCACAUCGAGCUCUUUAGGCAGGAAAGCUACUUUGCUUACUUGUUUGGAGUGAAAGAGCCUGGGUUCUAUGGAGCUAUUGAUUUAGCAACCGGGAAAUCUAUGCUAUUUGCUCCCAGAUUAUCUGCUGAUUAUGCUAUUUGGUUGGGUGAAAUAAAGCCAUUAUCCUACUUUAAGGAAAGAUACCUGGUUAGCAUGGUAUUCUAUACUGAUGAGAUUUUAAAAGUUUUGCAUAACCAGUACCAGGGAUCUGGAGAACCCUUUUUGUUUCUAUUGCAUGGGCUCAACACUGAUAGCAAUAACUUCUCAAAACCAGCUGAAUUUGAG